AUGGCUACCCCAACGACCGAGGGGAUCCCCUCCCCCGAGAUCUCGUCGGCCAGCCCAACUUCCUCAACGGGCCAAAUUCCACUCGAUCAAUCUCCCAAAUUGAAAGGCCGUCAUAAAUUACUCCAAAGUCUCCAGCGCAUGUCAUCUAGUCCGACGUUGCCCCGCCGCGGGCGAUCGGCGUCAACCGGUUAUCGGCGGGACCACACGGCGUCCUUAUCGUGUGUCUCGUUAUCGUCCUCCGCAUACUACUCGCCCUGUCUAGGAAAUGGCAGUUCGUCUCAAUUAUACGGAGGCCUGAAUCCCCGACCGGCCACGCCUGGCUGCUCAGGCUCCCCAGCUGAGUUACUUGAAGAGAACCCUCGAAUUCGAGUCGUGGGUACCGACUCCCCGCAUGCCUCGCAAUCUCGUACCGUACCAUUGCCGAUUGAUAUACGGCCGGCUUCUCGGGGCGAUAUUCUAGAAGGGCAGGUUACGGAUAUCGACGUCUCAGUGCCGGAUACUGAAGAUGUUCAAGAUCCUCAGCCGAAAAGAAUAUUGGAUUUCUGGGGCGAUAUGCCACAAGAGCUGAAGGUGGAGAUUUUUCGUUAUUUGACACCACAGGAGAUUGUACGCUGCGCGUCUGUCUCCAAGAAGUGGAAUGAAAUGUGUUACGAUGGGCAAUUAUGGUCCAAAGUGGACGCGGCCGAGUAUUAUCAGAAAAUCCCCAGUGAUGUCCUGGUCAAACUCAUCACUUGCGGUGGUCCCUUCGUCCGUGACCUCAAUUUGAGAGGAUGUGUGCAGCUGCGCGACAAAUGGUCCUCGGAUGGAGAGCGAAUCUCGGACCUAUGCCGAAACGUUGUCAACUUUUCGCUGGAGGGUUGUAAAAUCGAAAAGGCAUCAAUGCAUUACUUCUUGCUGCGCAAUUCCCGCUUGGAGUAUAUCAAUGUCUCGGGAUUGUCGAACGUCACAAAUUCAGCAAUGAGGAUCAUAGCACAGUCCUGUCCGCAGCUUGAGACCUUGAAUGUAUCAUGGUGCCAUGAUGUGAGUUCCAAAGGACUUCGCAGAGUUAUCCAGUCUUGUAAAAAGCUGAAAGACCUCCGAGCGAGUGAGAUCAAGGCUUUUCAUGAUGAGGAUCUCGCCAUGGAGCUGUUUGAACGCAAUACCUUGGAACGACUGGUCAUGAGCCGCACGAAUAUUACCGACAAGAGCCUGCAGAUUCUCAUGCAUGGCGUGAAUCCCAUGUUGGAUGUUUUAACCGACCGUCCCAUUGUGCCGCCUCGACGUUUAAAACAUCUUGAUCUGCAUCAUUGCCCUGAUGUGACCGACGAGGGAUUGCAGAGCCUCGCAUUCAAUGUUCCCGAUUUAGAAGGCCUGCAGGUCUCCCAAUGCCCCGAACUAAGCGACGAUUCAGUCAUUGAUGUUAUUCGAACUACACCUCGCCUCUCUCACUUGCAAUUGGAGGAUCUCGACCAACUCACAAAUGCUACACUGGUCGAACUUGCCAAGUCUCCAUGCGCCCAGAAAAUUGAACACUUGAAUAUCAGUUACUGCGAAAGCCUCGGCGACACAGGAAUGCUGCAGGUAAUGAAGAGCUGUCCAAAGCUGCGCUAUGUCGAGAUGGACAACACUCGUGUCUCCGAUUUAACUUUGAUGGAAGCCAGCUUACGUGUUCGUCGAAGAGGUUACGGGGAAGAUGUUCCCAAGGUCGGCCUUCGACUGGUUGUUUUCGACUGUGCGAACGUUACCUGGGCAGGUGUCAAAGAAGUCCUAUCCAGUAAUUGCCACCUUCCACGUAACCGAAAGCCUGUAUCGGCGGUCGUGACAGUCACUCAAACAUCGGAUGCAGACUCAUCCCCGACGACCACGACUUUUGUUACUCCUGCAUCGACUCCAUCUCCAUCACCUGUGUACCCAAAUGAGAUCAUUCAGCUCAAAUGCUUCUAUGGGUGGCAGAUGACCGUUGAUGAGCAUAACAAACGCGUUUUACGAGGCGAGCUCGCAUCAGCUAGCCGGUUAGAUCGCAAAUGGGCGGAUUAUAUGAUGGCUACCGAGGAAGCUGGCGCUGGUGGUGCUGGGGCACGACGCAGAAGACGUCGAGCCCGUGAAGCCGAGAGACUGUACAAUGUUGAUGACGACGACGACGAUACUUAUGGCGUCGGAGGUAUCAAUGGCACGGGUCGACGUCGGCGAGCUCAAAGUGGUGGUUGUUCCUUGAUGUGA